AUUCCUGCUCUCAGCCCAGCUGGAGCAUUUAGCUUUGAAUCCUGAAUGUACAUAACAGUGAAUUCAGAUGGGAGAGGAAAGGAAUUUUAAUGAUGUUCUUUGCAGCUUUUGUGAUUAAUUUCUUUAUCAGCUGUUACCCUCUUUAAUAUCAUAAAGAAGCAUUGUAGUAGAUUCUUCUGAUUAGUGAUACCUGGAAAAUUCACGUGUGUAAAGGGAAGCGUAGAUGGAAUGAGAUAGAGGACUUUGUCUGAUGGGGAGUCAGGUCUGUGGAUUAGAAAUUAAAAGAGCUCUGACUUGAGUGUUGGAAGGAAUCAGACAAAAAGCAAUCAUCCAUCCAACGUAACCAGGAACACUGAGUGUUGUUAUCCUAAAUGCCUUCAUAUCUGUGUCUUACAAUGAAUUGUGCACUGAAGUUUCCAUUGGGUUUGGAAUAACUAGCAUUCACCAAACAAUAUUGAUUAUUUUUUUUCAUUUUCAGAUUCUUUGGUAAAAGAAAACAAUGGGACUGUAGAGGAGCUUCAAAUUUAGAAGAACUACAUCAACUUCUAAGAAAAAUAAUGAUCAGAAGACUGAAGAAUGAUGUUCUAACACAGUUACCUCCCAAAAUUAGACAGCGUAUUCCGUUUGAUCUCCCACAAGCCACAGCUAAGAAUUUGAAUACCACUUUUGCAGAGUGGGAGAAAUUAAUGAGAAAGUUGAAUUCAGAGUCCAGUGACAGCCAUUUUGUUGAAGUCAUGAGUCUAAUCACACGUAUGUAUAAAGAAACUGCAAUAGCCAAGGCAGGAGCAGUAAAGGACUAUAUCAGAAUGAUGCUUGAAAAUGACAAACUGAAGUUUUUAGUUUUUGCUCACCACUUAAGCAUGCUUCAAGCUUGUGCAGAGGCAGUUAUAGAAAAUAAGGUUCGCUACAUACGGAUAGAUGGAAGUGUUCCUUCUGCAGAAAGAAUACAUCUUGUCAAUCAGUUUCAGAAGGAUCCUGAUACCAGGGUUGCUAUUUUGAGUAUUCAGGCAGCUGGUCAGGUAGGAUUAAAUUAGGGAAAUUUGAAGAAUAGAAAUGAAGGCUAUUAAAGUUAUUUACU